CCCGUCCCUUUCAUCAUGGUUCAUGAUCUUCUGGGGUUUAAAUGCACAUUCUUUUGCGGGAAUCAAAUAUUCUGUUAAUUCCAAAUUAUCACUGACACUUGCAAUUUCUGCUCUUGGUAGCUUUUUAGGGUAUCAAGAUGAUGGGGAUGAGAUUUUGUGGAUUUCUUUAUGUGGCGUCUUAUGGUUACUUGGUGGUUUUUGCAGUUGCUCGGAUUACAGAUCCUUCAGAAGUCAGUGCAUUGGUAGCAGUCCGGAGCAGAUUAAUCGGUCCUAUGGACAGUCUCAUAAACUGGAACCAGGAAGAUCCAUGCCUAUCAAAUUGGACUGGAGUUCUUUGUUUUGACUCAAUUAAUGGGACAGAUGGUCACCUGCAUGUUCAGGAGCUGCGGCUGCUGAACAUGAAUCUUUCAGGAUCAUUAGCACCUGAGCUUGGACUAUUAUCUCAUCUUCAAAUUUUGGAUUUCAUGUGGAAUGAUCUGACAGGAAGCAUACCAAAGGAGAUAGGGAAUUUGUCAUCUUUAUCACACUUACUCUUGAAUGGAAACAGAUUAUCAGGAUCUUUACCAGAAGAGCUAGGCAAACUUUCAAACCUGGAUAGACUCCAAGUAGACGUCAACAGUAUCUCGGGCACAAUACCAAAAUCCUUUGCUAACUUGAGCAGAGUGAAACACCUUUACUUGAACAACAACUCAAUUGUUGGUCAACUUCCACCUGAGCUUUCCAAAUUAUCCGAACUUUAUCAUUUGCUUGUGGAUAAUAAUAACUUGACCGGAUAUCUCCCACCAGAAUACUCAGAGAUGCCAGCUUUGCGCAUACUUCAACUUGAUAACAACAACUUUGCUGGUGCAGAAAUUCCACCCAUGUAUGGAAACUUUCCCAACUUAUUAAAACUAAGUCUUAGAAAUUGCAGCUUGCAGGGAGCUGUUCCUGAUCUUAGCAGGAUUACAAGGUUUUACGAUCUGGAUCUUAGCAGGAAUAAACUCACUGGACACAUACCAUCAGAUAAGCUUUCUGAUUUUGUGAGAAUCAUUGAUCUGUCAGAAAACAAUCUUACUGGAUCCAUCCCAGAAAGUUUUGCAGAGCUUCCUUUUCUUCAGAGACUGUCACUUGAGAACAACUUUUUGAAUGGUUCCAUCCCAGCUAGCAUAUGGCAGAACAAGCCCAUCAAUUCAAAUGAUAGAUUGUCACUUGAUCUGCGGAACAAUUCAUUCUCAAGCAUUUUAGGAGAUCUAAAUCCUCCAAACAAUGUCACAGUCAGGCUUGGCGGCAAUCCUAUCUGCACAAAUGCAAAUAUACCAAACAUAGGCCAAUUUUGUGAUUCUCAAACAGAAGAUGAUGGGACACCUACAAUACCGACCAAUUCAAAGUGUCCUACUCAGGCAUGUCCCCUGGAUAAUUUCUACGAAUAUGACCCAGCAUCUGGUGAUUUAUGUGCCUGUGCAGCACCUUUGCGAAUCGGAUACCGGCUACAAAGUCCAAAUUUCUAUUAUUUCCCUCCAUAUGCCAACAACUUUUCAGCAUAUGUGACUACUUCUCUCAACUUAAGCUUAUAUCAACUAUCAAUUGAUUCGUUUGUUUGGGAGGAAGGACCUCGUCUAAGGAUGUAUUUGAAGCUGUUUCCUCCAGCCAACACAACUAUGUUUAGUCUAAGUGAGGUGCACCGAAUUGGAAGCAUAUUUACAUCCGGGGCAUUUUCUGCUAAUGAAAUAUUUGGACCAUAUGAGCUGCUCAACUUCACUCUCCUUGGACCUUAUGCCAGUAUGAUUUCUGUGACAAGAAGGACUAGUAGUAUUAGUAAAGGCGUUUUGGCAGCAAUUUUAGUUGGAGCCAUUGCCGGUGUUGUGGCAAUAACUACAACUCUAACAUUCGUGGUGACAAGAAGACAUGCCAGAAGUCAGCAAUCAAUGUCAAGAAGGCGUUUGUCCAGAAAAAUUUCAACGAAAAUUGAUGGAGUGAAGGCCUUCAAGUUCAAGGAUUUGGCAUCGGCAACUGACAACUUUAACAGCUCAACUCAAGUUGGUCAAGGAGGUUAUGGAAGGGUUUAUAGAGGAGUUUUAUCUGACAAUACAAUUGUCGCCAUAAAACGUGCAGAAAUAGGAUCUUUACAUGGCCAAAAGGAAUUCUUGACAGAGAUAAAAUUAUUGUCAAGAUUACAUCACCGGAACCUAGUUGCUUUGUUGGGCUAUUGUGAUGAAGAAGAGGAGCAGAUGCUGGUGUAUGAGUACAUGCCUAAUGGAACCUUGAGACACUGGCUUUCUGGUAAAGAUAAGGCACGCCUCAAUUUCAGUAUGAGGGUCCGCAUUGCAUUACAUGCAGCUAAAGGGAUUCUUUACCUCCAUACUGAAGCAAACCCGCCUGUGUUCCAUCGAGAUAUCAAAGCCAGCAACAUACUUCUGGACUCCAAGUUUAUUGCUAAAAUUGCUGAUUUUGGACUCUCGCGGCUUGCUCCGGCCCUGGAUGAUCAAGUAACCAUGGCAACUCAUGUUUCCACGAUUGUCAAGGGAACACCAGGCUACCUUGAUCCAGAAUUCCUUUUAACUCAUAAGUUGACAGACAAAAGUGAUGUUUAUAGCCUCGGAGUUGUAUUCCUGGAGCUUUUGACUGGCAUGGAACCAAUAUCACAUGGAAAAAACAUAGUUCGCGAGGUGAAUGCAGCUUGUGAAUCAGGCUUGAUGCUCUCCAUCAUAGACAAUAGAAUGGGACCCUGCCCAUCUGAGUGCUUGGAGAGGUUUGUAGCUUUGGCCCUCAAUUGUUGCCACGACAAGACAGAACGUCGGCCAUCCAUGUUGGAUGUAGCAAGGGAGUUGGAAAACAUACUGAAGAUGAUGCCAGAAACUGAUGCAACAUUUUCUGAAUCCACCUCCAUACAUUCUACCGGUAAAUCAACAUCAGAAUCAGCUUCUUCAUCAUUCAUGACAAGGGAUCAAUAUUUUUCAUCUCAUAUAUCAGACAGUAAUCUUGAGAGUGGUGUCAUUCCCACCAUUUCCUCUCGUUAACACCUAGAAAAGGAAUUUUACUUUGGUUUUUCAUGUGCCGUAGUGCUGUAGUAGUGGUAGUUUGAAGUCUUACUAUUUAAGUAUGGAACUCUUUAGAAAAGGUAAAUGUAAAGUGGGAUUCAAUAUGAGCUAAGCCUAGAGUUGGCUCAAGCUCAAACUUAUUUUAACUAGAGUAUAGUAUUAUCAAAUAAUCAUCGGUGAAGUAAACAGUAUCAUUAAAAUGAUGAAUAAUAUCAUUGAAUAAAAACA